AUGUAUUUUUUAAAUUUAUUUAAUAUAAUUUUAGUGUGCUCGGUGCUCUCGGUCAUCUUCAUAUCAAACAUCGGAGGUUCGGAAGAUGGCAAGAAAUCGAAGAGCGCCAGAGCGUUGGAGACGCGAGACGCCGGAGGAGACGACGAUGCGGACGGUUUGGACCAAAGAGAUAAACUCGAGGACGACGACGAGGAAACGACCAAAGUACCUCCGGGAUUUCUGAGUCCGUCCGUGAGGGAAUACUUGGAACUAGGAAGGUCGAUUCCAGGCAAGCCAGGUACGGACUACCCGGUACUGGCCGUGGUGCCGUACACAGACUUCUAUUGCGACGAUCAACCGUACCCGGGCUUCUUCGCAGACGUGGACACCAGGUGCCAGGCCUGGCACUAUUGUGACAUCGACGGCCGGCAGGCUUCGUUCCUGUGCCCGAACGGCACGCAGUUCAGCCAGGCCGUGUUCGUGUGUGACUGGUGGUUCAACGUGCGGUGCGACCUUAGCAAGGAGCUGUACCACAUCAACGAGCGACUGUACCGGACCACGCCGCGACCGGACAGGCCGCACAGAGUGCUCACCAAGGAGCUGCUCGACCAGAUAUUCCUCUGA